GUUUUAGCCGUUUCUAUGGACUUUUUCUAUCGACUUCGGAUUGUGGAUGCUCCGACGACCGAAUAAUUUAUUGAUCUCAUUCGCGUGGGAUGAUGGAUGACGACCUCACAACACCCUGCGGUACCUGCCUCGGAAAUCUCACUCUCCUACUGAACACAACUGUACACUCAAAAACCCCCUUAAAUAUCUCCUAGACGACUUGAUGAUUUCUAAUGCUACCUUUUUCCUAUAAAUGCCAAACUCCCCCACGAUAUCUCUGGUUCUAUUCAACUUCUCCAUACCUACAUACCUACAUUUCAUAAGCCUGCUGCACGUCAAGGGUGGCGUCUCACGGCCGUACCUGUCUCAAAGCCCUUAACUCCGUCGACAGUUACAUCACCUUCUUUAUAAGUAAUUGAGAGGUGUACUAAUCGCCUCGCAAUCAUUCAAGUUGUAUCAAACAAACUUUUCAUCGCUAUUAUUGCGAUCAGGCCCCUUCGAUACAUUCACUAGACGAAAGUCUGCUCUUCCAUACCUCAAGCGACUCUCCAACAUAACAACAUAUACCACAAUGGCUGCCUCCGACACCGAGUCCCCUCGAACCCAACAAUCUCCACUGGCUUCUCAACGCGAGCCUUCCAAAGGAGAUCCUCCAGCAAAAGGCUAUUUUCCUUUAGGAUAUAAGCCUGCAUUUGGUCAGUGGUGGGCAAGCGUUUCACCGGCUGUCGCAGAACACAAUGUUUUGUCCUUUGUCCCAUAUCUACAAAAACCACCUACGCAUACACAGACUGGUUCUGCGCCAGUCUCAGCGCGCACAUCAACUAUAGCAGUGAACGAAGAUCCGAACGCAUUCUCAGAACCAGUACAGACCAAUUCCUUAAACGAUCCUUACGGUCCAAGACAAUGGCAUUCAAAUCUUGUGAAAUUAAGUGGGAAGAACAGGGCAAUAAAUGAGUUCUCUGUGGAGAGGACUGGGGAAAAAGUCGAGGAUACAUUAGUAAUGCUUCAUGGCUACGGCGCAGGUCUUGGAUUUUUCUACAAGAAUUUUGAAGGAUUAAGUAGAGUGCCAGGCUGGAAGAUAUACGCCUUGGAUAUGCUAGGAAUGGGACGUAGCACCCGACCAUCCUUUAAAAUCAGUGCCAAGGACCACGCUGGCAAAAUUGCAGAAACAGAGAGUUGGUUUAUUGAUGCGCUCGAAGAAUGGCGCGUUUUGAAAAAACUCGACAAAUUCACACUUUUGGGCCACAGUAUGGGUGGUUACAUGGCUGUUGCAUACGCGCUGAAAUACCCCGGCCAUCUUAACAAAUUGAUACUCGCCUCGCCAGUGGGUAUUCCCGAAGACCCCUACGCCACCUCAGCGGCGAUGCCCGAGCCCGAAGAAUCUACUCUGGCAAGCGAGUUUACCCAAGAUCAAGAAACCGACAUUGUCUCUGCAUCCUCAAAUCCUAGUAAACGCUCCACCGGCAGCGAUAACAACAAUUUUGGAAACAUGCGCAAUAAACGCGAAAACAAUAAAUCUAAAUCGGAACCAGCUAAACGACCCAUGCCCUUCUGGCUCACCUACCUCUGGGACGCAAACGUCUCUCCUUUCUCGAUAGUCCGCUGGGCCGGCCCCUUAGGACCACGUCUAGUAUCCGGCUGGACCUCCCGCCGCUUUUCCCACCUUCCCAGCAACGAAACUGAAGCACUACACAUGUAUGCCUAUUCCCUCUUCCGCCAGCGCGGAUCCGGCGAAUACGCACUCCCCUACGUCCUCGCCCCAGGCGCCUUUGCGCGCUCCCCCUUGAUCCGCCGCAUCCACGGCGUAGGCCGUCAACCCAUUCCCCACUCCACCACAUCCCCAUCCCCAUCCAACUUCGGACAAAAAGAACACGGAUACCCCAUUCUCCUCAUGUACGGCGACAACGAUUGGAUGGACGUAGCAGGUGGCUACGCAGCCGAGCAAGCCUGCAAAGAAGAACGCGAAAAAACCCUCGCAAAAGCAUCCCAAGAAGAGAAGGAAUUAGAAAAUGGAAGUGCAAAGGUAGUCAUUAUUCAAAAAGCGGGACAUCAUUUAUAUCUAGAUGGAUGGGAGGAGUUCAAUGAAUUUAUGAGGGAAGAAAUGAAACAAACCUCGAUGGAUGGGCGGAAGAUAAAGAGUGUUUUGAAGAAAUUGGGGGUAGAGGUUGAGGAGAAAUAGGGGCGAUAGAGGUGAUAGAUAGAUGAUGUUGGGAUUGGACUGGAUUGAACUGGAUUGGGUUGGGUUUUUGAGGAGAUAUUAUUACAUUGGUAGAUUUCACAAGGCUUGGCUUUUGCAUUAGGUGCGCUGGUUACUGGGACUGUUGUAGCAAUUGGAGUUUGGAGAAUCGCGCUAGAUUUACAUAGAGAUUGGCGAGCGAGCGAGCAAGCGGCUUUAAUUUUUAUAAAUACUUGUAACAACUUCCCAUGGGAGAUAUAAAUUAUACAGAUUCAGAUGCAUA